CGGAGAUGACGUAGUCAUGGCUUCGGCUUCUGAGCCGUAACGUGGUGUUGUGUGAACUCAGCUGCAUCUGGUUGAACUAUCAAGAUGUAAUUAAACCAUGGCUUAGUAUGAUGUAUGGAUAUCUUGGAUAUAUAUUUGUUCUGAAAAAUAUGCAUCAGCCCUGGAAUAUGCUUGGAAUUUAAAAGAGAAAGAAGCCUGCUUCUGAUCCAUUACAAAUACAACCACUUCAGCAUCUAUGUCAAAGGUAUCUAGUCCAUUGUCUUUGCUUCAUUCAAAUUCAAGAUCUCCAAAAUGCAAGGUCUCACCUUUCUCAUUUUAUAUUAUUCAAAAAAUGCAUGAGAGAACAAAGAGGAGAGGAAAACUAAGAAAAAGAUUGAACAAAGCUUACAUUGGGUCUCCGAGUAAUUUCAAACAUCUCUGUCACAUUGGAUGGAGUCUCCAAACAGAUUCUGCUACCAACAUAGAGCCUGAAUUAAAGUUGAUAUUUGCUCAAGCUGGUAUAACACAAGAUCAUCUGAAGGACAAGAGGACUUCAAAAAAGAUUUUUGAAACAAUUGAGAAACAAGGGGGAAUCCAAGCUGUAUUAAAAGAGGCAAAAGCAAAAGUCAUAUCUCAAGUAUCCUGCAUGUCUCCUUCCAAAAGGACAUCCCACCAUAAUUUGAUCCAAAGCCUGAAGGAAGAGCAUCUGAAAAGAGCACAUAGUGACUAUCACCUAACUCCUAUCAGCCAAGAAGCUCUAAUUUGUCAGAUCAGAAAAGGAACACCAUUAAAACCAGUGGCUCAAAAUCAUCCUCCCAAAGAUGAAGGAAUAGUAGCUGCACUCAAGGAUGUAAUUCAGAAGAGGCACAACGCAAUACAUGCUUCAGGUAAUGAAGAGUUUGAAUCUGACUUGGAGAAUGAAGAGGAAUGGGAUGAAUAAAGUAGUGCUGUCAGAAGAAGCACUACUUGAUCUUUCUACUGUUGUAUUUAUAGCUUGACCUUUUA